AUGUACCUUCUAACGCUCAACUGCGGCUCGUCAUCCAUCAAGGGCAAGCUGUUCAACAUCCCGUCGAAGGAGGCGCCACUCGAGGCGGUCGCCAAGAUUUCGGUCCUCAACAUCGGCGCCAAGGGUGACAGAGUCCAUGUGGUGGUCAAGUGGCUGGACGGCCUGACGGAAGACGUUGACGAGAGAAUGGGCGAUGGCGGCCAGGUCGAGCAUAGACACAUCUUCCCCAUCAUCCUCAAGCACAUCUCGUCUAGUGGCAGCGGCAUCGCGCAAGACGACAUCAAGUACAUCACCCACCGAAUCGUACAUGGCGGGUUGAACAAGCGCGGCCUUAGAGUCACUAAGGAGGACAGCCACGAGCUCGAACAGAUGGACGCGCUGUCGCGCUUUGCGCCGCUGCAUAACCACCACGCCGUGCUGUGUGUGCGCGCGUGUCUGGACGCCGUGCCGAACAGCACGCAGUUGCUGUACUUUGACACGCUGUUCCAUCAAACCCUCCCGCCCGAGGUCUACACAUACGCCCUACCUCCUUCGAACGCACCCCUCGCAAUCCCGCUGCGCAAGUACGGCUUCCAUGGCCUGUCAUACAGCUCGAUCGUGCACCAGCUCGCACAGCACACCAACACCUCUCCCGAAGCCCUCAAUCUGGUGGUGGCGCACCUCGGAUCGGGGGCGAGUGCGUGUUGUAUCCGCGCCGGCAAGUCAAUCGACACAACCAUGGGCCUAACCCCCCUCGAAGGGCUGGUAGGCGGUACACGUACGGGUAACAUUGACCCAACGGCCAUCAUGCACCAUACCCCCGAUUAUGCGUCUGACGCAGGCCUGCACGACAUGCACGUCACCCGCGGUGAGUGGGUCAUGAAUAGAGAGAGUGGCCUACUUGCGCUCGCCGGCACGCCAAAUUUCGGUGCGAUUACGACCAAGGCGUUUGGCGUCGGACCCGAGAAUGAGGAGAAAAAACUCAUGCGCCUGGCUUACGACGUGUUCAUCGACCGCGUCAUGGCCUUUGUUACGCAGUACCUCGCCAAGCUCCUGGCCCAGGUUCCCAUGCGUUCUGUCCAGCUCGUCUUCUCGGGCGGUAUUGGGGAGAACGCCGCACGCCUCCGGCGUGACGUCCUCGAGCGCCUCUCGUGGCUUGGGACUACGGUUUCGGACGCAAACGAGGCGCGCCGCGGUGGGGCGGUGCGCCGGAUUAGCGGAGACGAUAGCCGGCUCGCGGCGUGGGUUGUCGAGACGGACGAGGAGGGGUGGUGCGCCCAGAUGGCGCGCGAGGAUAUGGGCAUCUAG